CUUCCCGGUGGCAGUCUCCCUCGCUCGCGGAAGACGUACAGCCCGAAAUCUGGAUCGCGCAGGAGCUGCGGCGCAUCGGCGACGAGUUCAAUGCCUCCUAUUGUCCGAGAAGGGGUUUCUUGGAUAACCAGGCAGGAAACCCCCAGAUCGUCAUUCUGCGCCUCCUGCGUUACAUCAUCCGCCUCAUCUGGAGGAUGCA